UGGACGGUGGACCCAUGCUCGGUGCUUGGUGUUGAUGUUGGUGGUCCUGGGUCACACCCCCUUGAUCCUCGUCCCCUUGUCCCUGUCGUGUUUCCAUGCCCUUCCCAUCUCCCCAUUCGCCUUCAUUCCUUCCUUUCCUUCCAUUGCCUGCUUGGUUACUGACUGUACUUGCUCACUCGCUCGUUGGCCCUGUCGCUGUCCCUUCUUUUCUCCAGCCUUUUCUUACAUCUAGUACUUACAUAUCUUUACUCUCCUUCCCCUUCCCUCGUUUUCUCUCCACACCGACCUCACCUCCAAUCGACAAGCAUCAAAGGCGUCGUCGACCGUCACUUUCGAUUCUCGACAGCGCUUCUGCGUCUGCAAGCCGAUCCCUCGCGAGACCCGUUUACGACUUGAUUCCCUCACACUCCUUUCACCUACCCCGAACGGAGUCUGGCUGCCAGUAGGACCUCUGGAGGUUCUAGCAAUCUAAUCAGCAAAUGUCGACGUAACGAUUGAUUUAAUAAUAUCCCUCGCCAAACCGACAAUCUGCCAAGACUACGAUACCUGAAGGAAGAGACUUGUAACGGAUCCUAAUCUGAACGACACGCGUCUGUUUUGAAUCACAUUUGACGAUAUUUCGUCAGUCACUCUUUUGAAUUGAUUUUGGAAUCGCAUAUACAUACGCUCUACGCAAACUAUAUAUUACACUCGUUGACCUAAUAGUCAAGUACAUUCGCUGAAACUUAUUCCUGACAGUGAGUCUGGCGAUAUAGAGACCGAAAGCUUCAAUCUGACAAUAGGUUCAGCAUACUCAUCACCCCCCAAUUCGAUCCUCAACACUGUAAAUACUCAGUCUCAAUCACCAAACAGUAUCAACAAUGCACGCAAAGAACUUCAUUGUUGCCCUGGCUUUGGCCUCUUCGUCUGUUGUCGAAGCAAACCGACCGCGCAUGUACAUCCCUCGACAAGUCAAGAACAAUGCUCCAGUCGCCCCAGAGAACCAACCAGCUCCUGUGAUAGAAAGGCGGGAGCCUGCUGAUUCAUUCAUCAAGAGCCUCAUUGACAAGAACAGCCGAAAACAAGCGAGCCAGGAGGAUGGCAUUAACUUCGACCCAACACUACCUCUGGGCUUCAAGAAGUCUGGACCUAGUGCCAGCGCCCCUGCUCUCAUCAUUCAGCCAACAACAAGCGAGGCCCUCCCCGAGACCACCGAACCUGCUGUCUCUACCGACGCUCCCACAGAAGCCGAUACUGGCAUUCUCCUAGCCCCCAGUGGUAUCGUCACAUCAAAGACAGCAGUCCAGCCCGCUGAACCCGCCAAGACGACAGCAGCUGCGGUCAAGGAGCCUUCGACCGAGGCACCGAAGAAGGAGGAGACGAAGCCUGCUGCUACUUCCGACGUCGAGGCCAAACCUGCUACCACUGAGAAGCCUAAGGAGGAGACGAAGCCCGCAGCUACCACGGCACCUGCUGCCGAGGAACCUUCAUCUGUCAAGACUCCUGAAAAGAAGCCAGUCGUCGAGACUAAGACCGAGGCGCCUGUCCCCGUCGAGACCGUGACCGAGCCCGCUGUCGUUGAAACCAAGACCGAGAAGCCAGUCGAGUCCAAGACUGAGAAGCCCAGUGCUACUAAGGGCCUUCUUGACCCGGUCGAGAGCAUUUUGACAUCCGUGCUCCCCGUUGCUUCCGACCCUAAGAAGGAGACUAAGCCUGCCGCUAUUGAGACCAAGACCGAGGAGCCAGCAGUUGAAACCACUGAGAAGCCCAAGACUGAGCCUGAAGAGACUAAGCCUGCUGCGGUUCCGACCACUAAGGAAGGACUGUUGGACCCCGUUGAGAGCAUUGUUUCUUCGGUUGUUGCUGAUCCUGCCGACUCCAAGACCACAGAGCCUAAGCCAGUCAACACCGAGACCAAGAAGGCUGAGCCAGCCAAGACCGACAGCAAGAAGGAGACUCAGCCAGCUCCCGUCGAGACCGAGACCGCUAAGCCCGCUGAGCCGGAGACGACAAGCCCAGCUGUGGAGAAGCCUGCUCCCACUACCAAGGGCCUGCUCGAUCCCGUCGAGACUCUGUUGUCUUCGGUUCUUGCUGAUCCCGCCGACAACAAGACCAAGGACCCUACCCCUGACCAGACUGAGUCUAUCUCUCAACCCGAGGAGACCGGAACACCCACCAAGGAGCCUCAGCGUGACAACUCUAAGCCUGAAACUGAUGGCCAGACUCUCCCAGCCUUUAGCCCUCCCGCUGACAAGACCACCGCUGCCCCCAAUGCUGGUGAGACUUCCAAGGACGGUAUCCUUGAUCCCGUUGAGACUCUUCUCAGCUCCGUCUUGCCCAACCAGCCUGAUGUCAAGACCACAGCUCCUGAGGAAUCUUCAGCUCCUGUGGACAGCCAGCCUACCUCUGCUGCCCCCAAUGGUUCUGAGCAGACUGUUUCCGCUGCUCCUUCAACCGAGCCUGAGACUACUGGCCCUCCUGAGCUCAUUCCUACCAGCAUUCUGCCCGAUCCUACCGAUAUCCUUCCUGUUCCUACUGAUGUCACAUCUGCUGUUCCUGAUCCCUCAAGCCCGGUCACUGUUUCGCCUGUGAUUCCUACAACCGUUUCUCCCCCUGAACAGUCCGAAAGUGGUUCCCCGGAUCUUACUUCAUUCCUUGACCCUAACACCAAGUUCCCCCAAACCGGCAGUGUUGGACCUACUGAUGCUCCUAACACAACUGUGCCUGAGGUGACAUCUGGUAUCGAUGUUAAGCCCGAGCCCACCAGCGAGCCUAUCAACGGAACUGAGACUAUUCCUAAUGUUACGGGCGAGCCUCAGACCACUGGUGCCCCCGAGCCUACCGAUAUCAACACUGAGGAGCCAACAAACAUCACCCAAACUGCUGUCCCUACUGGAGAUGCCACCAAUGAGCCCUCAGGAAACACAACAGCGCCUGCUACUGAGCCCGCCACUGAACCUGCCACUGAACCCGCUACCGAGCCUGCCACCAAGCCUGUUGACACAGCUUCUGGCUCUGUUCCUACCGGCAGCCCUGCCACCGAGACUGAUGCGGAGACCAACGGCACUGCCACCGCUGAGCCUACCAAGCCCGCUACUGGCGUUGAGACUCAAAGCGCUCCUGCGUCCGAAGGCGAGCAGACCUCUGCUGUUGCCCCCACAGAUGAGCAACCCUCAGUUGCGCCCACUUCGCAGCCUCCUGUUGAAACCGAGACCAAGCCUGAGCCUGAGCCUACUACUCUGGUUCCUACAGCUGCUGUUCCUGUUACCAGCAUCCGACCUACUGCCACCCUCACCAACACCAACAACUGGCUACCUACCACCAUUGUCUUCGAGCCUACGUCUAUCCCCGCUGCGCCUUCGCAGCCAACUGAGACCUCAACCUCCACCGGACUUCCUGCUAACAUUCCCCGUGUGAUCCUUCCUAACGACCCCAACAAGCCUAUCCCUGAAGGCUCUGUUCCCAUCCAGCUGGGUUUCUUGUUCCCUUUCAACUACAAGUUCCUGGCUCGCAACACUGUCGCAGCUGCUCAGCUUUUCAAAUACCUCCCCAAGGGUCUUGCUGAUGCUGGUGGCUUCUCCAAGGACCGCAUUCUUGUUAGCAAGAUUGUUCCUCUUGACACACAGUCCCAGUGGGGAUACAUCACUGCUCUCGCCAAGAUCCAUUAUCCCGAGAACAUGAUCGACAGUCUCCAGGCUGAUCUCAUUACCCCCAACUCCCCAUUGUACAACAAUGAUCUUGAGAUCGUCCGUAAUCUGACCUCCGUCAUCAACACCAAGAUCGACAUCUUUGGUGACUCGGAUACCGACAACAACACCGACAAUGGUAACUCGGAUGAUGGCAACAGUGGCAACCGCGAUGUCUUUGGUAACAGUGGCGAGGGUGACAAGUCUGCUAAGCAGAAGGCCACCACUGCUGGUAUUGCUGUUGGUGCCGUUGGUCUCAGUGUCAUGUACGGUGCUGCUAUGUUCUUGGUCGCCCGACGAUACAAGCGCAAGAAGCAACUGGGCCAUCGCCGUGCUAGUUCCAUUGGCAGCAGCCAGCGUUCUUCUGAGAUGCAGUACACCGGUAACGGCAGCCCUGCUCUCAUGGGAGGUGCUUUGAUGAGCCGUGACUUCUCAGCAUAUGGCGCAACACAUGCUGAGCAAGGCCAGGUCCGUCCUGGCGGCCGUGACAGCCAUGGCAGUGGACGCAGUGGUAUGGGCAACUCUGCACGAACAGCGUACAUUUCUGCGCCUGUUGCUGCUGAGAACUCUCUUGGAUGGAACUGAUCCAAAUCAUGCCCAGACGGCUGAUCGCCUUAAAACCAUACACCAAAAAAAUCUAUACCUUUUCACCAGUGCACCAUUUUUCUUUUUUUAAACACUUCGAUACCCUUCAGGUGGAUUGUGAUGACUACUCCUACCACUACGACGCGGUGAUCAGCUAGUCACUACGAAAAUCGCUCGACAUGAGCAACCCCAACUCGAAAUGUUUCCUUUCACCAUGCUCUCUCUUCAUGUUGAGACGACGAUGCGGCAUGUGCCUUGCUCUUCAUUAUAGACUUACAGGUCGGCUGCCCCGGCCCUACAUCAUUUUCCCCUCACGCCUAACGCCUCCAAAGGGGUAGAGCCCCCACGUCCCUUUUACUUAUUCGUUCGGCUCCAUCCUGGCGACCUGGCCAACCUUUUUUAAUGCUCUUGACCUUUCUUUUCUCUUGUCAUUGUUUAUUGUAUCUUGUCGUGGAGGAAUUGAGUUGUCCAUGUGUAAGAGGAGGGACGGCGAGGCAAGGGAUAACGGGGAGAAGGUGAAAAGCUUGGCUAUCUAGACAGGCGUUUCGGGACGGGACAGCAGACAAUGAGAGCAGGUUCUGGAUGAUAGGAUACAUGUCAACUUGUAUAUAACAGGACUAUUUUAGGUGUGUUUGGUCCAUGACUUGUAUGCCUUUUAUCACUUCUGAGGAGAGCGAUGGGAAGCGGUGGUGUUGUUCAGACUUUUCAAAACGUUAGAAACCAAAGAAAUCCAAUUAAAGAAAGAAAUGGAUACUUGUGAAUGCUCUGUCUUGCCGGUCUCAUACAAAUGUUCGUAUUGAUAUCUCCAAACAUUGACUAGUCUGUCCUGUCUUACAGUAG